AUGGCCGCCGUCGUGGUGCUGCUGGGCGACUGUCGAAUGGGCAUCCGACCAAGCACGCAAGCUAUGACGCAUCGGGGCGCCGCGCACGGCCACGGCUGUCUUCGGCCCACGGCCAGCACAGCAACACCACUACAACAGCACCACCACCACCACCACCACCACCACGACUACUACCAUUACUGCUACCAUUACUACCACCACCACCAAGCGGCCGCAGUCGUCGGCUGCCCGUUGUCCCAGCCCCUGCAGUAG